UUCAAUUCUAAUUAUUAAACAAGAAAUAGCAAACAGAGCAUGGCCUUGCCCGAAGGAAAACUGAUACGUAUCCAAGUCUACUGCAGACAAAAGGAGUCCCCAGAGUUCUUCCAAGUCAGGACUGAUAGAGGAAAUAUAGCCAGCCUGGUGAAAAGAAUUUGACAUAGGUUUGGCAUCACCGGUAAUACAAAUUAUAUCCUUAAGGGAUCUAAAGGAGCCAGGUUCUUCACUCCUUCGCUGUUCUUGCAAGAUGACGUCGUGUACCUUACUGAGAGAACACCGAAGUUUUAUACCACACAGAUUUCUGAUAGCGAAGGUGAAGAGAAAUGUGAGGUGUAUGAUAGGUGUAAACUCUGUCUUAUCCCUCAUCAGCGUCAACAUUCCCAAGAGCCUCAAAUAGCAUCCGAGCCUGCUGGUGAUAUUUCUGAUAAAGUGCCAGUUAACAAAAAGCCAGCAAGCCAACCUCCUCAAAAAUCCGAAGGACAAAUAAAGGUUUUGACCCCUCAGGUCGGGAAAAAUGUGGAUGUUGCACCACCUGCUGUAAAGAAAAAGACCACUAAAGAAAGGAAGAAGCAUGUUAAAGAGAGAAGAAAAAGCUUUGUUAAUAGGGUUGAGCCCCCAAAGGAAGGAACCACGAGUCCUUGUUUCCCUCAACCUACUUUAAUCCAUGGAAUUGAAGAUACUGACAUACAUAACGUUAAACAAAAUCUCACAGGCCAUUGUUCCGACUCCUUACCUGACCAUUGAGCAGUGUGUAGCCUUGAUUCUAUUACGAAGAUUGAGGCCAAAUCAUCUCGUCGCUUAAAGCAAGGACUGGUAGCCUGUAUCAAUGAUCGGUUCAAGUACAGAUGCAAAAUCCUAGAACAAAAGAAUCCUGAAGAGAAAAGGUUCGUCAUUAGCUGAAAAGAAAAGUCCCUAAAAGAGGGGUCUUCAACUUCUGUUGAAUGCCCAUGGAGUAUUUGCUUCUUUCGCAAAAGUAAAACUUCAAAGUAUAUCUUUGAACAACCCUUAAAGAACCACCAUAACCACUUGCUGGGGCAUCCAACGAGUGUGACGCCUCAUUUAACUCCAAACAAGGGAAGGAUUUCUCGGUUUGGUGAUUCAGAUAACACAAAUGAUGAUAUUUCUGAUUGUAAAACUCCUGUCAAGCGUAAACGAAUCCAAAAGCUAAUACAGAAAUUCCAAGGCCAGGAAGAAAGCAAAAUAAAUAUAGCCUCUAAAGAAAGAGCUGUCCAUGAGAUCCCUGUUAACCUCAAGGCUCAGGCAGUGCCCAACAAGAAGCCUAAUAAAAUGAAGAGGAAGAAGGUGAAGAAGCCUAAGAAGAUUUCUCAAAACUGCCAAGAAAGCAGUGCCACUCAAAAUAGCAAGAAGUAA